AUGGGAUACUCUGAGAUUAUAUGCCAGAUCUGCGGCGUGACUUUUGCCAUCGCCCGCAUUCGCACGCCGCAAGAGCCACCGACGGCUGCUUGGGAUAAUCAUGGGACCGGCCGUGGCAGUUUUGUCUCGUCCUGGGCACCUGAUGAGGACGAUCUUGAUGACGAAAAUUUUGAUGGAAAUGUAUCCGGGGGGUGUAUGAUUGCUGUCCGAGCGGACCGGGACCACGAGGAUGGAGAUCUGCUUGCACUCAGCCAGCAUCCUGAAGAAGAGAUGUAUCCUGAAGACAUGCGCGGCGUUUCAAAGCAGGACAGGGCCAAGAUUUUAAAACGACUCCGCGCCGUGGAAGAUAAGCACUGCUUGGAACACGUUGCAGGCCCAGAAUGUGGUGCCGGUGACGGGUAUCACGGGAACAGGAUCUCUGUUGAAGAAAUGAGGACCUGUUCUACGAUGCAGGGGCUCGUCGCAAAACCUCCCAGCUGGGAGCCCGAGGAUGGGGACGAGGACUUUGAGAGAUCAGGGCGAUACUUUCUCAGCGGCUUGGUUGACUCUAUAACAAACAUCGACGGUCUGUACUCCGAAUCAAGCUAUCCAAAAAGACACGGGUGCGACAACGCAUUACCUAUCACUUGCCAUCGGGAUAUAGCGGGAGAUAGCUAUCAUGUGGACUUCUAUUCCAUACCAAUUCAUCCUGCCUGUCUAGAAACCUUCAAGCGAGCCACCCUCCGUCGAUAUGGCCGUGUCGACGUCAGGGCAUUCAUACAGUGGUGGGAGAUCGACAGUGAUGAAAAGUCACCCGCCCCGAUCGAGGAUGAGGAUGUGAGAGCAGGUCGGUCUCAAUGGUGGCGGCAUAUCCAAGGGUCAGAAUAUCUCGCCGCAAAUCCUUGCCUUGUGCCAAACCUAGAUAAAGCCUUCUUGAAAAUGGCUCCUCAAGCUGCCAGUCCUGCUGGACAUGAGGAGGUCUUCUCCAGUCUGCCCUCGGAAAUCCGCAGCCUAAUAUACAAUCAUCUGAGUCUAGAAGAUAUAUCAAAUCUUCUCCUAGCAUCUCCCCUUUCGAACCGCGCUUCUCAAAAUGAGUUACGACGUCGGCUCAUUCUGGAAUGGCCUUGGCUUUGGGAAGCUUGGUCCAAGCUGGAAUACUCUGUAUGGGUAGGGCCGACAGCCCGAGAUUUGCGGGAAUCGGUUAAGCCUCCUGGCCAACAGGUGACAAUAUCAGACACGGAUGUGGUGAACUGGGGUUCGGUCUUCAGAUGGAUAUCGAAGCAGAGGUCAAAUGACGAGAUGAAGGGAUUGAAAAACCGCCAAAGAAUUUGGAGAAGAUGUGCGGAGAUUAUGGAUAGAGUUGACCGGCUCCGGAAAAACGCGGAAUAA